GAAACAGAGGGGCUGGGCAAGCCGACUACAGCGAGUGUCCGUGGGAUAUAUGCCGCUCACCCUUCCGCAACACCUAUUAUUUCUCCCCCGCAACAAUUCGGUCUUAAAGAUACGUCAAAGUGAGACUCUAUGACAGCACUGCUCAGUCUCUAUGGUUUAUAGAGCCACAGAUACAACUUUACCCUCCUGGAUACACGAGAACGUAAGAGAUAGAAACAUUUGGUAGAAAUUUAUUCAUCCAUCGGUGGGUAUUCGGUUGUUAAGGAUGAUUUUUGCAAAUUCUGCCCACACGGUGAGGACGUCACAUAAUCGUAAACAGCCCCCGGUUGGCCCCGCCUCCCACCCGAUGGCUCCGCCCAGUCCUGGAACCAACAGCAGCACCAAUCACAGCAGCUGCAGCAGCAGCACAGCCGGCUGGGAGCAGCUCAGUAAAACUAACCUCUACAUUCGUGGUUUACUGCCAACUACCACCGACCAUGACCUGGUCAAGCUCUGCCAGCCAUAUGGAAAAAUCGUAUCAACCAAGGCCAUCUUAGACAAAACCACAAACAAAUGCAAAGGCUAUGGCUUUGUAGACUUUGACAGCCCUGCUGCUGCUCAGAAAGCCGUCAGCGCUCUGAAGACCAGCGGAGUUCAGGCUCAGAUGGCAAAGCAACAAGAGCAGGACCCCACUAACCUGUACAUAUCUAACCUGCCGCUGACCAUGGAUGAACAGGAGUUAGAGGCCAUGCUGAAGCCCUUCGGACAGGUCGUCUCCACACGCGUCCUGCGGGACACCAACGGCGGCAGCCGAGGGGUCGGAUUUGCAAGGAUGGAGUCGACGGAGAAAUGUGAAGCUGUCAUCUCUCACUUCAACGGGAAAUUUCUCAAAACACCAGCUGGAGUUAUGGCGCCAUCAGAACCCUUGCUGUGCAAGUUUGCGGACGGAGGCCAGAAGAAGCGUCAGAGUCUAAAUAAAUAUGCGCAGAACGGACGAGCCUGGGCCAGAGAUGGGGAAACCAGACUUGCUGGCAUGACACUCACAUACGACCCAACCACAGCUGCUAUGCAAAAUGGAUUCUAUCCGACUGCCUACAGUAUUACAAACAGAAUGAUAACACAGACCCCCAUUUCUCCAUACAUCUCGCCUAUGUCCACAUACCAGGUACAGAAUCCAUCCUGGGUCACCCAUCAGCCCUACAUCAUGCAGCAUCCGGGAGCAGUGAUAUCGCCCUCUAUAGAUCACUCCAUGUCUCUGCAGCCCGCGUCCAUGUUGGGUCCUCUCGCUCAGCAGAUGAGUCACCUCUCUCUGGGCAGCGCAGGAACGUUUAUGCCAACGAGUCCAGCUCUCCAGGGGCCCUAUAUCCCUCCAUACACUCACAUGCAGACCACCACCGUCUCAGUAGAGGAGAACAGUCCACAACCUCAAGUGGAAUCGUCCAAUGAUCAUUCACCUUAUACCUAUCAGCAGGCCAAGUGAUGAAGAGGGUUGUCGGGGUUUGAGAGAGAAGGAGACGACUGCUAAAUCAAUAACAGCUUCCUUUGAAGGACCCGCUCUACCGAUGAAUCAAGAUUUUGCACAGGUUCUACGAUGAGUUCCUCCGUUUUUAUAAUAAAACUACUUCAACUAUUUUGGUAUAAGUUCCAUUAGGUGCAAAUCAAGGAUUCAUUUCAUCAGAGGAUGCUAACAAAGAAAAAACAAAAUGGGAAGAAAAAGAAAAGUUUUAUUUUACUAAGGAAACGACGCUUAUUUUUUACCAAGGAUCGUCACAUAGAUGCAGGAACUUCAUCAUGCGACUCGACGUGCAUGGAGAUUCUUCUUAUGUUUAUGAUUUCAGAUUUGUUUUCUCUCUUUCUCUCUCUUCUUUUGUACUGAAACAGACGUUCGUUUUUAGAGAUUUAUCAGCCGGACAUCCUGAGAAAGAUGCGUUUGUGCUUGCGGUGUGAGUGUCGUUGAUGUGUUUUUGUCGUGUGCUUCGUCUUCGGUCUGACCGAUCUGUCCAUCUUAUACGAUUUGCCUUAAACUCUUUCCCGUACAGUAGCCGAAGAAAAGAGGUCCGGCUGCUGCCUUUUGUAAAUCAGCUGAAUAGGGCUUUUUUAGCAUCUCGCAAAGGAACAUCGUGCUUGGAUUUCGGUGUUUUGCUUUUUCCAAUCUUUUAGAGUACAAACCGUUUUGAGUGAUAACAUUGAUGGAGUUUUAAUAGGAUUUAAUGUUUUUAUAAUCAGAGGUGACGAUGAGCCUUUAGUUGUUUGAAUGUGGUAGAAAUUCUGCUGAACGAUCACAUAUUUGAUAACUGCCUUUUCGUUUAUAAAUCUUGGUGUUGUAGUUUAGCUUUAGAUGAGCUCCUGUGGGAGGGGGAGGAGCUUUGUCUUGUAUUCUAAUGAGGGGGCGGGAGGGAGGCGUGGCCUGUCAGAUCGAAUAUCGUUCAGAGUAAAACCUUACUUCACCAAAGACAGUCAGCAAGCGGAUAGUGCGGAUGUGACGUCAUAUUCUCUUGAGGCAGGCCACGCUGAGACUUUAUAACAGACUAGGUUGCAGUUGUGGAGAAUGUGCCUUCUUUGUACAUAUGCAUUCAGCUGUCUUUAGUUGGCGAGGUGCGGACACCGAUUUGAAGGACGAUUUGGAUGCAGCAAGUGCCACAAACUAAACGAAAACAUCACUACAGAGCGGAGACAACUGAAACUAAAACAGGGAAUGAGGACAGGUUGAAACGACGGCUCCGUUCCAAAACCCUCGUGAGCUGCCUACAUAGUUCAGUAAUUCUACAUGAUCCACAUGCAUCAUGCAAAUAGAUUUCAAUGGAGCUUUCCAUUGGAAUAUUAGCAGUAAAAUUACAGUACAAAGCACAGAAAAAUAUUAGUUGGUUUUCAUUAGAAUUUAACUAUUUUUAGCUGCUUUUCUGUUUUGAAUAAAUUAUCUUUAUAUUCAACAGUUUUUGGAUGUAUUUUUUUACCCAAAAUGCAUCAUGAAUUUGCCUUCUAAGUGAAGGAUAUGUGUGAUGCUUCCUUAGAAUGUGACAAAAGUAGGUAUCAUACUGCCUAAAAAAAAAAGUACCGUAUUUUGCGGAAAAUAAGUCACUAUAAGUCACACCGGGUCAAAAUUGCAUUGUUGAGAAAAAAAAACACAGAUAAGUUGCAGUUUUAUUAUUGCAUUCA